AUGAGCGCUCCCGGAUACUACAACGGCCCUCCUCCCCCGCCCCAGGCGUACCCUCCCCAGGGCUAUCCGCCUCCGCAGGGUGGUUAUCCUCCCCAGGGAUACCCCCAGCAGCCCUACCCUCCGAUGCAAUACCAGCAACAGCCUCCUCCCCAGCAGAAGGACCGCGGAUGUCUCGGUGCCUGCCUGGCCACGCUCUGCUGCUGCUUCCUGUGUGAGGAAUCCUGCGAAUGCUGCUUCGAGUGCAUCGAGUGCUGUGAAAUGUGUUAA